AUGGCGCCCAUUCAGAUGGAAAAGUCCUACGACGUGACAGUCUCCUCCACGCCCGCGGAAAAGUGCUCGCGGCAGGAAAGGUCAAGCAGCAGGGCGUGGGGUGUGUUCCUUCCCAUCAGUCGCAGAGGAAGCUUCUUCCAAGACGCGUUUUUCUCGGACACACACAAGGACUUUGACUCCUCCGUCAGGGAGGUGUUGGCCAGAUGGAGUGGCGACGAUUUCCAAGCGAAAGACUUCCGCCGGGAGGAUAUUAUGGACCGAUACAGACAGCUUCGAUCUCGCAACCUCAAGGAAGAGAACCAGGCUGUCACAGUCACAUCUGACAAAACAAGUCACAAAGACAUGGCAGCGAUCACGUCCGUCUUGUCCACAGAUGGAAUCCUCACAAUCACUGCGCCAAAAGUGAAAACGGAAACUACAAAGGAAAAUAUCAUCACUCAGACUUCCACUUUGAAUAACUGUGAGAAAGUCAGCCAAACUCGAACACAAAUGGCAUCAAACGACGAAUCGGAAACUACACAGUCAAGUCUUAGCACAGACUCAGAACGCUCGUCUUCUGCACGAAAAGAAACUUGUUCAUGCCAUUUUGGGACCAAAGGAACAGCUGAUUCCUCUAGACUUCACCGCGGUUCGAGGGACACUCUCUUGCCCAUCACUCGAAGGGGAGACUUCUUCCAGGACUCAUUCUUCUCCGGAAGGUCCUCAACGGCUGGAAUGACGCCGACCUCCAGCUGGCGGACUUCUGGGACGAGACGACUUCCACGCAGCGACAGACUGGGCCGCUACAGACAGCUGCGAUCGCGGAACCUGUGGAGUGACAACCAGGCCGUUACAGUCACUUCGGAUAAUAUUAGUUAUAAGAUCGUGUUGGACAUGCAUGACUUUGUGGAUGGAGAUGUGAAGGUGAAGCUGAUGGGCGAGGAGCUGCUGGUGGAGGCCCUUUCGGCCGGGUCCUCGCGCACCUUCAGACGCAGCUUUUCCUUGCCUGAGUCCACUGACAUGACAUCCAUCACGCCUGUCAUGUCGUCAGAUGGCAUCCUCACAAUCACUGUGACCAAGAAGGAGACUGAAACACAACAGAAGACGACUGUCAUCCCCAUUAGCGUCAAGGAAACGCACAAUGCAGAAGUUCACAGCUCAACUUCCUCGACGACCUCGGGAGUUUCUGAGGAAGCGGCGUCUGGCCAGAGAACGUCCCACACAGCCCAACAGGAGGAACGCAAAUCCACACGAUGCCAUCAGGAGAAGAUCGACGAGAACAAGACCCAAACUGCAGCUUCCAGUAUCUCAAGCAACUCCCAACAAUCAUCACAGAAGCAGUCGUCUGUGAUCUCAGAUUUCGCUUCCACAAGAAUUUCCGACUCGCUGGAAGCAAAGGAAACUCUUGGCAGUUCGCAAGACGAUUCCUUGGCCAUCGCGAGGAGAGGAAGCUUCUUGCAAGACUCGUUCUUCUCCGACAUUCGCCGAGACUUCGACGCCUCCGUCAGGGAAAUCUUGAAGAAAUGCGACGACUCCGACCUCACGCUGACAGGCGAUGUCAGUCACAGUGACAUCCUGAGCCGCUACAGGCAGCUUCGAUCUCGAAACAUGAGGGAAGAGAACCAGGCCUUCUGCGUCUCGUCAGACAGUGCCAGCCUCAAGAUCGUGCUGGACGUGCAUGACUUCAUGCGCGGAGACGUCAAGGUGAAAGUCGUCGACGAGGAGCUGGUGGUGGAAGGGCGCGCGGAGGAGGAGGAAGGAGGGUCGUCCGUCUCGACACGGUCCUUCAGCCGCCGCUUUGCCCUGCCUCACAGCACUGACAUGACACGCAUCACUUCUGUCAUGUCUUCGGAUGGCAUCCUCACAAUAACUGCUCUCAAAACGGCAGGAGAACCACAGCAAAACUCACUCGUUAACUUCUCCGCGACCGAGGAAAGGAAGGAAUCAUCAACAGCUCACGACUCAACACCCGAAGCAGUUUCGUCCACGACGGAGAAAAAUAUCUCCGUUCACGAGAAUCUUGUUAAUGUGGAUCAGAUGGAGUUUGGGUGUGAACGAAAACACUCGUACGAGAACAAGACGAGAAAGCUGAGGAAAGAAUUCGAAUUUCCUGCUGAAUCCAAGGAAGUUUUAAAGUCCAAGAUCUGCCACAAUCCGUCUGUGGAUGAGUCUACAACUGCUUCUGUUCGUGGAGACGUUCCCAUUAUUCAUGACCAUGAACUCAUGCGAUUGGCUGAAACUCUUGAAUCGACAGUCGUUGAAAAGGCCUCUUAUGAUGAUUCAGUUUCUGAACAACAGGAACAAGCAACUGUGCAAUCAGAAUCUGAUUCGACAGAAGCCAUCAUACUGGGCGAGGAAAUCUUGCCCAUCGUUCGAAGGGGAAGCUUCGUCCAGGACUCCUUCUUCCUCGAUGUCCGCCAAGAAUUCGACGCUGCCAUCAGAGAGGUCCUGAGGAAGUGGGUCAGCGAAGACAGCGACUUGACACACAGUGAGGACUUCCUUGGCCUUAGUCACAGCGAUAUCCUGGACCGCUACAGACAGCUUCGAUCCCGAGAAUUGAAGGAAGAGACCCAAGUCUUUAUCGUCACGUCCGACAACACUAGUUACAAGAUCGUGUUGGACGUCCAAGACUUCAUGAACGGGGAUCUGAAGGUGAAGGUGGCGGGCGAGACGGAGGUGGUGGUGGAGGGUCGUGUGGAGAGGAGAGAAGAAGGAAGCUCAUCCGUGUCCUCCUACUCCUUCCGACGCCGCUUCUCCUUGCCAGAGCACAUUGACAUGACAGCCAUCACAUGCAUCAUGUCUUCAGAUGGCAUUCUUACAAUCAGCGCUUCAAAAAUGGCAGAAGAACCGGAGGAACACAAAGUGAUCAGGUCCGUUGAGGAAGUUCAAAAAUCCUCUCAAGUUCAACGCUCGGUAUACCCAGCUGAUGAAACCAUCUCCCUCCAUGAGGAAUGUGAAAAAGAAAGCAAAGCCACACAUGACUGCAUGGACUCGGUGGAAUCUGAGAAAGCCCGAGAAUUCCUUCUGUCAACUGAUUCUGCAGCAAGAUCGAGUCAUGACACUGAGUUUGUAGAAAGUGAAAAUCAAAGCAAAGAAACUAUUCGCAACGUAGAAUCUAUUGUACCUGAAGAAGUGAUGACUGAUUCUCCAACUUUUGUGUCUGAUGAAAUGGAGUCUUGCUCCGAGUUUGCAGAAAUUUCAGAGGCUUCCUUGUGUCACAAAGGUUCGAUCGCCAUGACUGAAACGUCUGGCAAUUUGUCUGCCUCUCGUGACUUUGGAACUUCCUCCCAGGAUUCUCUUCUGUCUGCCAUUCCCGAAGAUGAAAACGAUUCCGAAACUGUGAAAGUUCUUCAUCUUGAAGACUCUCAACAGGCUGUUGAUAUUCUUGAUCUAAAAGACUCAGAAGAAACUGCUGAAAAUCUUGAGCUGAAAAACUCACAGGAAUCUGCUGCCAUUGUUGAAGCGAAAGGCUCAGAAGCUAUUGAAAUUCUUGAUCUUACAGACUCGCAGGAAGAUUAUUCCCAGGAAUAUGUUAAUAUUCUCGAUCAAAAAGAUUCAGAGGCAGCUGCUGAACUUUUGGAUCUGAAAGUCUCAGAAGAAGCUGUUGAAAUUCUUCAUCUUCAAAAUUCCCAGGAAUCUGUUGACAUUCUUGAUGGGAAAGACUCACAGGAAACUGUUGUUGAGGGUCAGAAUGAGUCAGAAGCUCAGAACUCAAAGUGUUCAACCAUUUUCGAUUAUGAGAACGAGUCAGCAGUUCAAGAGAACUUUAAUCACCAACAAUCCCUGAGGAAACACUCGACAGCAAAAGGACUCAGUCGGCAGCCAUUGAGAGUUGCACAAAUUCGUGCAGUUAUCCAGAGAUUGUACCAAGAAAAGGAAGCCGUCGAUUGUGUCGGCCCUAGAAGAAACGACUUGAAACCAAAGAAUCCAACCCAAUACAACAUUACUUCAUCCACGACAAUUGCAAAAGAGUCUGCAGAAGCUGUCGAAUCCUUGAAAGGAACAAGGAGGAUUCACAGAGAUUCGCCAGAAGAACUCUUGCUCAUCACCAAAAGAGGAAACUUCUUCCAAGACUCAUUCUUCCUCGACGCUCACCGAGACUUCAGUGCCGCUCUCAGGCAGGUGUUGGGCAGGUGCAAUCAAGACAACUUUGAGGACGACACUGACCUCCGCCACACCGAUAUCCUGGAACGCUACAGGCAGCUUCGGUGUCGCGAUCUGAGGGAAGAGAAUCAGGCCGCUAUCGUCACAUCAGACAAGUCUUGUAUGAAGAUAAUUGUGGACGUUCAUGAUUUCAUGAGUGGAGAUGUACAAGCGAAGGUCGUUGACGACGAGUUGGUCAUCGAGGGACUUGUGGUGAAGAAGGAAGAAGGAACCUCAUCCGAAACCUCUUACUCCUUCAGACGUCGCUUCUCUCUUCCACAGUUUACUAAGAUCACUUCUGUCAUGUCAUUAGAUGGCAUCCUCACAGUUACUGAAGGAAAUGUCGAGGCAAAUACUGCUGAAAACUCCAUUAAAACUGAAGCAAAACGCAGCCUCACAAAAGAAAUAAUUCAGUCGGAAUCACUUUCACUUCCUGCUGAAAAACGUCUGCUUGAGACCAAGAAUGAAAACCAAAAUGGACUGAACGAGUAUGUGACAUCUCAGUCCGAGGAAACUCGUCAUUUCUCUCGUGAUUUCACGUCGGGGACAAAGACGCCUUAUCUUGAUUGCAGUUUCGAGGACAGCAAUAGACUGAGACGCUUUGGACAAGAAAGUGGCAGGGAGUCUCAAGAAACUAACAGGUAUAACGUCACCCAAGACACCAGUUUGGGAACGUCCUCUCGUUUGGCGAGUGGAUCUCUUUCUAGCUUCGCAGAGAAGUCUUUUCCUAUCACGAGGAAAGGACACUUUUUCUCCCAUUACUUCUUCCGAGACACAAAGAGGGAUUUCCAGAAGGCCGUUAGGGAAAUCCUGAGCAGAUGGGGAGAAGUCCUGCGGUGA